CCGCUGCUCGUCUGCUCUGCACUAAGGUCACUGCUGUCACUCGGUAGCUAACCAGCCGAAGGAAGCGGAGGAGACCCAGCUAAGGAAGGUGCAGGAAAGAAACGGCAUAAAACCAGCAACAUGUCUCUGUCUAACAAACUCACCCUGGACAAGGUGGACGUCAAGGGAAAGAGGGUCAUUAUGAGGGUCGACUUCAAUGUUCCAAUGAAAGACAAGACGAUCACAAACAACCAGAGGAUCAAGGCAGCCGUUCCCUCCAUCAAACACUGCCUGGACAACGGAGCCAAAGCCGUCGUGCUGAUGAGCCAUCUGGGCCGACCUGAUGGAAACUUUAUGCCUGAGAAAUACUCCCUCGAGCCCGUCGCCGCCGAGCUCAAGACCCUGCUGGGGAGGGACGUCACCUUCCUGAAGGACUGUGUGGGUGCGGAGGUGGAAGCUGCCUGCGCUAACCCCGCCACCGGAUCCGUCAUCCUGCUGGAGAACCUCCGCUUCCACGUCGCCGAGGAGGGAAAGGGCAAGGACGCCUCUGGAAACAAGACCAAGGCCUCCCAGGGAGAUAUCGACUCCUUCAGAGCAUCUCUGUCCAAACUGGGCGACGUUUACGUCAACGACGCCUUUGGCACAGCGCACAGAGCCCACAGCUCCAUGGUGGGAGUGAAUCUUCCUCAGAAGGCGGCUGGUUUCCUGAUGAAGAAGGAGCUGGACUACUUUGCCAUGGCUCUGGAGAAACCUCAGAAGCCCUUCCUGGCCAUCCUCGGAGGAGCAAAGGUGAAAGAUAAGAUCCAGCUGAUCAACAACAUGUUGGAUAAGGUCGAUGAGAUGAUCAUCGGCGGCGGCAUGGCCUUCACCUUCCUCAAAGUUCUCAACAACAUGGAGAUCGGUACUUCCCUGUUUGACGAGGAAGGUGCCGGCAUCGUCAAGGACCUGAUGGCCAAAGCAGAGAAAAACAACGUCAAGAUCACGCUGCCCGUCGACUUCAUCACAGCAGACAAGUUCGAUGAGAAAGCCGCCACUGGCACUGCAACCGUUGCUGGUGGCAUCCCUGCUGGCUGGAUGGGUUUGGACUGUGGACCAGAGAGCUCUAAGGCCUACGCAGAGGCAGUGGGCAGGGCCAAGCAGAUCGUGUGGAACGGCCCAGUUGGUGUGUUUGAGUGGGAAAACUUUGCCAAAGGGACGAAGAACCUGAUGGACAAAGUGGUCGAAGUGACCAAAAACAACUGCAUCACAAUCAUCGGUGGUGGCGACACCGCUACCUGCUGCGCCAAGUGGAACACAGAGGACAAGGUCAGCCACGUCAGCACAGGAGGCGGCGCCAGCCUGGAGCUGCUGGAGGGUAAAGUCCUGCCGGGUGUGGACGCACUGAGCAGUGUCUAAACUUCCCAUCAGCCUGCUGGUGUUUGGGUGAAUGCGUGUUGAAGUGCGAAAGGUGUGUAGCUACUCAGCCAGACUUGUUUCCUCCUGAAACCUUAAAAAAAAACAUCUGCUUUUACAGCCAUUUAAUCUUCUAUUCAGUCUUUGUUUUUUAAGUAAAGUUUACUUUGCCUCAGAUCUAUCGAUGUAGAGCCUUCUGCCUUACUGCAACAUGCUGAUGUAACUCGGCAAGUAGAGGAGUAAAACCUUUAAGACAAAAAGAUCAAAUGGUUUGUUAAGACGGGAGGUGUUUUUUUUUUUUUUUUUUGCUUUUUUUUGCUCAGAUGAUAAAUUUUUUUCUGUCAACCUGCUGAAUAAGCGGCUGAAACACAGCAGAUAUGGUGUUACUGUCACCUGAAUCUGUGUUAAAGCUAGCCGUUCACCCCGAGACACUUAAACACUGGCUCGUGUGAAUGUGAGUGUGUGUAUUGCUGCGUCACUUUUGCGUAACCAUCAUGGUAAGCGUCACUGCACCACCCUCAGUGUGUAUACAUACAGUAUAUAUAUAUAAAGAAACGGUUCGUGUGAUGUGUGCGUGCGUAGGCGUUUUGUUUUCGUCGGCUCUGGUCAUCUGUCUUUAAAUCUGGUUGUUGGUUUCUGAGCGGCUCAGACGGAGACGUGCCGUUGAUCUCAACUGAUCUGCUCAGAAUAAUAAAACCGUCUCUGUGUUUAAAAA